AUGGUAGCUUGGUUUUUGUCCGCCUUCUUCACUGUAUCCGGAACCUUUAGCAUGAAUCUUCGACGUAUAGCUAGCAACUUGAUGUUGGUUUCCUGUCUUUUGCUUGCCUUAUUUUUCUAUCUCAAGACAUACACCAACCUCCGUCAGCAUAAACUCAGAAUGGAGAGUUCUUUUGGCGUUUCCUACUAUCGCAAAUCAACCAACAGCAUGUUCAUUGUUUUUUGCCUAUUUUUGAGUACUUAUCUACCUUUCGUAUUUGCUUUAGUUGCUGCUACGGCCUUUGGCUUCAGCAGUUUUCCCCAGCUUUUUGCCCUCGAUAACACUUCGUUUCUCGCUUUGUUAAAUUCGUCUCUUAACCCAGUGGUUUAUUGUUGGAGGAUCAAAGAAAUUCAAAGGGAG